AUUAUUUAUUUCCAAUAAGUUACUUAAAAACCUAUCCAUUCCAAUUUUAUUUUAACCAUAAAUUUUUGUUUCCAUGUAGAUAUGUGGCAUAUUGCUCAUCGUCUUUGGUAUCCUGCUCUUCAGCAACAUACACAAUAUCGAUGACAUAGCCGAGGCAGUACAAACCCAACAAGUGCCCAUUACAAUGAUCGUUUUGGGUUCGGUGAUAUUGUUGAUCUCCUUUUUUGGAUGUUGUGGUGCGAUACGCGAAUCGUACUGCAUGUCGAUGACGUAUUCUGUACUGCUCUUCGUGCUGAUGAUCGGCCAACUGGCAUUGGUUAUAUACAUGUGGGUACAAAAGGAUAGAUAUCUGGUAAUGAUGGGCGAUGUUGUUGAAAAGGCAUGGGCGCGUCGUACACGUAAGGCAGACUACAUGGACGCCAUACAAAUUAGUAUGGAAUGCUGCGGUAAAAACUCCUAUGUGGACUAUUCAUUCCAAGGUUACUAUCCACCUUCCUGCUGUAAGGACAACAGCUGUCGCAUUGAGAAUGUUUAUCGUCGAGGUUGCAAACAGGCAUUCGUUGACUUCUGGGACAAGAACAGCGAUAUUAUUAAAUAUGCUGGUCUGGUUGUUGCAGCCAUUGAGUUCGUUGGAUUUAUAUUUGCUUGCUGUUUGGCGAAUAAUAUUCGCAACUACAGACGUCGCUCGGCCUAUUGAGCGUAGUGAGCGUGCUCUACAAAAAUUCGAAUAAUUUUGCAAAUAUGUGUGUAUUAAAAACAGCAAAAAUGGACGUAAAAUUUAUGAUGAAUUAAGGCAAUGAAACCCCCUCGAAAUUUACAAUUAAUGUACAAUAAAACGGAUUUUCUAGGCCAGCACAGAGUUACACAUACAUAUUUACAUAUAUAUUAUUAUGUUAGUGA